UCAUUCAACCUGCUCCUAAAGACUUAGAAAAGACAUAGAAAAGACCUCUGUGCACUUUUUCUCACGCAGAGCUCAGACAUGCCUUCAGCGGGACUGGAGAUACUUGGAGUGACUCUGGCUGUCCUGGGAUGGAUCUCGGCCAUUGUAUCCUGCGCCUUGCCCAUGUGGAGAGUAUCGGCCUUCAUCGGGGUGAACAUAGUGACGGCGCAGACCACCUGGGAAGGCAUCUGGAUGAACUGCGUGGUCCAGAGCACGGGUCAGAUGCAGUGUAAAAUCCACGACUCAAUGUUGGCACUAAGCUCAGAUCUCCAGGCCGCCCGCGCCCUCACCAUCAUCUCCAUCUUGGUGGGCAUCGUGGGAGUCCUGGUGGCCAUGAUGGGGGCGAAAUGCACCAACUGUGUGGACGAGGAGUCGGCCAAGGCUCGGGUGAUGAUCGCCGCCGGGGUGGCCUUCAUCCUGGCUGCCGUGACCCAGCUGAUUCCCGUGUCAUGGUCUGCGCAUACCAUCAUCAUGGAGUUCUACAGUCCGAUCAUACCCGAGGCACAGAAGAGGGAGAUCGGUGGGGCUCUGUACCUGGGCUGGGCUGCAGCCGCGUUUCUGCUCAUUGGAGGCGGCAUUCUCUGCUCCAGUUGCCCCCGGCAACCUGAGAAAAGGUACGGGCCUCCAUCAAAGAUGAUGUACUCCCAACAAACUCGGUCACUCGCCCCAAGUGGUUACGAUAGGAGAGACUAUGUCUGA